UUUGCCGCUGGUUUCUAGCGUCAAUGAAAUUGCACCUUUAUUUUCUUGUAAUUAUAACGCUGUUUUAUAUUCGAAUGAUCGACAUUUAUGUACGUAUAAACUGUUAAUACGAUACUCAAGACAAUGACUUCAAAAAUGUGUAAGAAGGAUGUUUUGCAAGCUGUCAUUCUUGCGGAUGAUUUUACAACAAGUCUGACUCCAUCGCAAAAUAUAUUCCCGAGCAUCUUGAUGCCGGUAAUAAAUGUACCGCUGUUCGACUACAUGCUCGAAACGUUGAUAAAAUCUAGAAUACAAGAAGUGUUCCUUUACUGUAGCAGUCAUAUUGAUCUACUAAAGGAAUAUGUAAAGGUAAAGAAUUACAAAGGAACUGCAAUAUCUCUGAUCAUCUCGGAUGGCUGCAGCUCUCUUGGAGAUGCUUUGCGAGACAUUGAUACAAAAGGUUGGAUAAGAGGUUAUUUUAUAUUAAUUCGUGGAAACACAUUUGUCACCGCGGAUCUUAAAUCUCUACUCAAUGCGCAUUGCUUGAAAGUUGAGAAAGAUAAAGGUGCGACUAUGACUAUGGUAUUACGGAACUUGGGUUCAACGAAGAAUUCUUACAUGAGUGAGGAAGCCUCUUUGGUUGUAUCAGAUAAAAGCAGCAAUAAAAUGCUGUAUUAUACAAAAUUAAAGAAUAGUGAGAAAAAAGUUAAGUUGGAGUUAAACUGGUUUCUUGAUCAUAGUGAAAUAGAGCUCAAUACGUGCUAUUUAGACACUCAUAUUUAUUUGUGUUCACCAUCUGUUUUACCACUCUUUGCUGAUAAUUUUGACUUUCAGACUAUGGAUGACUUUAUUCGAGGGGUAUUGAUGAAUGAAGAGAUAUUGGACUCAAGAAUUUAUUGGCAGCAGUUAGAUGUAGAAGAUUAUGCUUUGCCAAUUACAUCAUGGAAAGCUUAUCAUAUGCUUACGCAAGAUAUUUUACGUAGACACAGUUUUCCCCUGGUGGCAGAUGCUUUCUCUUCAUUAAAGAACUUUAUAUACAUGCCACAGAGCACAUACAAACACGAAACUGCUCUUGCUAAGGGUUGUGUACUGGAAAAAGACUGUAUCCUUGGACUUAACAGUGCAUUAGGAAAUAAUACUAAAGUUGCAAGAUCUGUAAUUGCAGACCAUUGCAUUAUAGGUAGUAAUGUUAAUAUACGUAAUUCCUAUAUCUUUUCAAACGUUAGAAUCAAGGAUAAUUGCACUAUUGUGAACAGUAUCUUGUUUCCAAAUUGUAUCGUCAGGUAUGGUAGUCAAAUAGACGGAUGUAUAUUAUGUCCUGAAAUUGAUGUCGCUGCUCGUAGUCAAUACAUUGAUAUAAUCGUCGAAUCUCAAUCCUCUGGUGUAUCUAAGACUAAAAUGUUAGAACUCGAGGUUAAUGAUGAAUUUUUGUACUUUAAGAACAACAAACUAGCCGAAUGUGAUAAUUGUUCCACAGAAUCGUCUAGUAGCGAAGAGGAUUCUGAACGUGAUUCACCGAUUCCAGACGACACGAAUAUGUUCUUGUCCGAAGUUAUCGAUAGUCUGUUACGUGGUUAUCAGGAUAAGCUUAACUGCGAGAAUUUAAUUCUAGAAAUAAACUCUUCGAGAUACGCAUACAAUGUCACCAUUCGUGAGGUGACGUACAAUGUCAUUAAAGCGAUUCUCAGUUUGCCUCUACAUUAUCUCGCCGAAACGAAAACUCCCGUUAAUAGCCAGAACUAUCAAAAGAAUCUAAAAGCCAUCAUUACUUAUUUCAAUCCCAUUAUAUUGAAUUAUGUUAAGAAUGAAAAUGCGCAAGAUGAUUGUUUACGCGCUAUAGAGGACAUUGCUAGUACGACCGACGAAUUGCUGCCAUAUACGCAACACCUGUUGAAUCAGUUUUACGAUCGCGAUAUACUGUCGGAAGAGAAAAUCUUAGAAUGGUAUGAAUCCACUAGCGAGGAUGCGGAUGUGUUUCACAGUAAAGUUAGAAAUGCCGUCCAGCCAUUCAUUAAAUGGUUGCGAGAGGCGGAGGAAGAUUCUACCGAAAGCGAUAACGAUUAAGAGAUAUUCUAUCUUUAUAAAAGAUCGACCUACUGUAAAGUAAAACAGCUAUAUGAGUAAGAAAACUGUAUAUAUAAUGCACAUAUAAUAUAUGAAAUGCAUUACCCAGGUAGCAAGAUGUCUAAAGACAUCAUUUGACAUUCUGCUACUAGGGUAAAAGUACAAAUACAAUUGUAA